AUGUGGCUGCUAGAGAACGAGGGAAACGCGCUCGAGGGCCGGCGCAUCUGGCUGCGCCCCGGAAAACUGUAUCUCUUUGGCCGAACAUCCGCGAAUGUCGAACCCGGAACCCUCACGAUCGCCCACAAGACCAUCUCGCGCAAGCACAUGACGAUACAAGUCGACAAGGUUCCCGAAGGCGACAGCCAAAAUCUGUCUAGUCGGUCGACGAUAACGAUCGAAGACUUGAACACGAAGGCGGGCACAACGGUCGAUGGACACAAGUAUAAGGGCGAGAAACAUGUGGUGACCGAAGCGACGGCAGAGAUCAAGAUUGGCGGUUGCACGGAAGUCUUCCGGUUGACAUGGCACCCGGUGGUGCUGACCUUCAGUUUCUCUAGUCGCGAAAUGCAAGCCGACCCCUUGUCCCGACUGCGAGCCGACGUCGAGCAGCUGGACAUCAAGCUUACAUCCGAAUACGAUGUUGAGCAUACGACACACGUGGUGGUAAAAAAGCGUAAUACGUCAAAGGGCCUUCAAGCUCUUGUUAAUGGGAAAUACAUUGUGACGGACUCAUUUGUCGAUGCGAUUGUUGCGGCAGCGACUUCGGAGCCAACAGCUAUAUGUGCGCUGGAGGAUAACUUCGACAGCUCCUGGCCCGAUGCCUUAACCCACUUGCCUCCACGUGGCGGCGAACCUGUCGAGCGUCCUAACGCCGCUUAUGCCCCCGACGAAGGUCGCCGCGGCAUCUUUGAGGGAUACACGUUCAUUUUCUACGAAAAGGGCCAGUUUGAGAAUCUUCGCGCGCCCAUCAUCAACGGCAAGGGCAAGGCGCUUUACACAAAGGUGACCCCCAACGCGACUACUGUCGACGAGUUCAUUCUGUACGUCAAAACAGAAGCAGGCGAGAAAGGGCUUGGGUGCUUUGAAGAUGGCAGCGAGGGACGAGGUGUUGUUGUCGUCCGCUAUACUCCUAGCAAAGGUGAUGCCAUGGCCUGGUAUGCAGAAUUCUUCACUCAAGUCUCACUCCGAUUGGACCAUAGGCCCAUUGAGCAGAACGAGUUCCUUGAGGCGAUUCUCGUCAAAGACGCCAGUAUUCUGCGUCGGCGUCUGGAGAUUGACCCUACUCAGGAGCCUCCACGCACAGCGCCGCAGCAGGCUUCGAGCAGUGACUCGAUGGAUGUUGACCAGCCCGCCCCUUCACAACACACACCCCAAGAGUCUGCACCGUCUGCUCCACCAGUGAGACCAGCUCGUGUGCGAAGGGCAGCCACCAGACGUUUUGCUGGAUUCGAUAAUGACGACGACGAUGAUGAUCCCGUGGUUCCCAAAGAACCAGAGAGCGUGCCUGUCAACACUCAACCGGAGACCGAGGAGGGGUUAUUCGUGUCGCAAGAGGCGGCCGCACUUGAUGAAAUCCCAGAAUCGUCACAAGAGACGAGAACCAGGAGGUCACAGAGGAAGCGGCCUCCAGUAGAGGAUGACAGCAUCAUGGAUGAUAUUAUCCCAAAUGUAGCCGCAGCCAAGCGACGACGGAUUGAGGCUGGAGAAGAUCCAGACCCGCGACCUAAGGAGCCCGAACCUCCAAAGGCUCCGGAGCCGAAGCCUGCUACCAAGGCCAAGAAGGUGAAGCAAGAGAUUGAUGUCCUCGAAGUCGCUCGCAAACGUCGUGAAGAACUGGAGGCUGCGGCCAAGGCCGAAAAGGAUGACCUUCGCAAUUUGCCAGCCGACCUUGACUUGGCAGAGAUUGGUCGGAACCAAACCACGGUGGCUAUGCCUGUACGUCAACGGCCGGCAACCAGGACUCACGAGGAAGACGUAGCGAGCGGCAGAUGGAACCCUGCCUGGAAUGGACGCAAGAAUUUCAAAGGCUUCGUACCCCGUGGCGAGCUCACGGGACGACCGCGCCAGAAAGUCAUUGUCCCUCUAAAGGAGGUCAAGAAGAAGGAUUAUGGCAUUGGCGAUGAGUACUGGCUCGAGGACGAUAGUCAGAAGAAGAAGAAAGACGACAUCCAGAAAAGCGGCAGGAAUACUAGUCAGAAGAGUGGCACGAGUACUGGUCAGUCUGCCGCUUCCCGACGUGUGUUACUUCAAGAUCGGGGCACAAUUAGCAUUGUCAGCAGCGACGAAGAGGAUGAGACGCCUGCACCCGAGCCCGAGCCAGAACCCGCCCCAUCACGAUCGAGAAGCUCCCGCGCCACGACGACACAGUCUCAAGCUACUAGCCAAAGUCAGAGGACGACGCGCGGCAAGAGAGCAGCGCCGCCUCCGGCUCCGGCCGACGAACCACCUGCGAAGAAGACCCGAGCGGCGAGGAAACCUCGAGAGGUGGCUGACAGCGAUGAGACUGAUCCUGAAGGCCUGCUGUUCAAGUGGAGCGACGAGUCAAAGGGAGCUAUAACGCGAAGUCGGGCAAGAAGGCUCUCAAGAAGCCGUGCCCGCGAAGCUGGCGAGGGCAGCAAGGCCGACGACAAUGAUGCGGACGGCGACGCUGAGAUGGUUGACUACAACGCCAGCGAGAAGGAUGCGGACGAUGGCGCCGAGGAGGCCAACUAG